CCCGGCUGUCAAAGAUGGCCCCUUCCUACAGGGUGUGAGAAGAGAGACAUCUGACAAAAAGAGGAUUUUUAUUCAAAGGGGACGGCAGCAGUUUGUAUCCGAAACCACUAUUCUAGAGGAAAACCCCAUGAAAUUAGACUUGAAGGAAACUGACAGAUGAUGAAGACUGACACAGGGAAGAACUGACAGUAAAGGCGGCUCUUCUUGAUUACAGACUGUCUGUUCAGAUCAUCUCCUUCCUUCGUGGCCUGCCUCUCCAGAGCCAUGCAGGUCAACCCGGUGUUCGUAGAGUCCGGUGUCGUCCUGGGAGCGGUGCUGUGUGUCCACAUGGCAGUGUGGAACCAGCACUCUUGGUGCAGCAUAGCGCUCUUCAUCCAGGCUUUUUACGUCCAGCACAAAUGGGACCGAUUACUUCAGUCGGGGGGUGCGGUGUUCCAGUUUCGUCCAUCAGCAAACAGCGGCAUCGUUCCGGCCUCUAUGGUGAUGCCUCUGUUGGGCCUUGCGCUGAAAGAGAAGUGCUCUGCCUUAGGGAAUGUCUACUUCGAGCGCUUCUCCAUGGUGAUCACCGUCACUGGCAUGAUGCUGGCGCUGUUCUUGUCCUUGAUUGCAAUGGGCGUCACAAGACCUGUACCUACUAACACCUGUGUGAUCGCGGGCCUGGCCGGCAGCGCAAUUCUGUACACGACCAAGCAAACCCUGACCGUCUCUGAGGUCAUCGAGGUCUUGGAGGUCCUGCUGAUCUUUGUUUACCUCUGCCUGAUCGUGCUGUAUUUGAUGCCGCGCUGCUUCACACCGGGAGAGGCGCUCCUCAUCGUUGGAGGAAUCAGCUUCAUCGUGAACCAGCUCAUCAAGCGCUCGCUAAACCUGUCAGAGGUCAAAGGGGAUCCGGUGAACUACUUCCUGCCUGUAGUUGUGGUGGGUUCGUUGCUGUUGGGGGUUUUCUUCGCCCUGCUCUUCUGCUUCAUGGAGUCACAGACCUGGGUGUCCUCGCUCUUCUUUCACAUCAUGACAGCCGUUCUGGUUUUGGGGAUCCUCAUGCCGUGGCUGUCCUUGUUCAUCGGCCGACACCCCCUCAUGUGGCUCUGGGACUUUGUGAUGUUAAAUGACCGAAGACUCUGCUUGGUGGGGUACUGGGUGUUUCUGGCCGUUGUGGCGACUUGUGUCGUCUUGCACCAGAACCAUCAGCGCCAAUCAGGGUCCAAGAAGCACCAGGCUUCAACUGUCGUCCGGAAGUAUUUCCACCUGAUCGUGGUGGCCACGUACGUUCCAGGGCUGGUGUAUGACAGGCAGCUGCUGCACGUGGCGUCCGUGGGCUGCUUGGCGGUUUUCCUGCUCCUGGAGUACGUGCGUUACUUCCGCAUCAGACCUCUCGGUCAGCUACUCAGGCAGCUGCUCACCUUGUUCCUGGAUGAGCGAGACUCCGGGCCCCUCAUCCUCACCCACGUUUAUUUGCUGAUGGGCAUGUCUCUGCCCAUCUGGCUGUUCCCCACGAUCUGCGCCCCUAAAGGCGUGCUGUCGGGAGCGGGCGGCCUGGUGCCCUACGCGGGGGUGUUGGCUGUGGGGGUCGGAGACACGGUCGCGUCCGUGUUCGGCAGCACCAUGGGCGAAAUCCGUUGGCCUGGGACCAAGAAGACCAUGGAGGGAACGGCUACAUCGGUGUUUGCCCAGAUCAUCGCCGUGGCAAUCUUCCUCAUAUUUGACGGGAACAUAAAUCUGAACUCUACCUAUUCGUGGAUUGUUGGCUCCAUUACCCUCGUAGCCAUGCUGGAAGCAUACACCUCCCAAAUAGACAACCUCCUGCUCCCCCUCUACCUCUUCAUUCUGCUGUUGCUUUGAGUGUACAGAUGGCCCCCCCUCCCCCCUCCUGCAUUCAGCCUUUAAUUGUACGGAUUGUAUGGAAAUAAUGUAUUUAAAAGAUCGUCCUUUAGGAACCAACGGUACAAGCGGGAGAUUGCUUAAAGCUUGCAGGUAAAUAAAGAAAGUGGCACAAACAGAAGGUUAUGAAGCAGCAGCCACACCAACAAAAGACUGAAGACCCGUGUCGUCUACUGCGGAGGAAUGUCAGGGAAAGUCCUGAAAUAUUGAAGCCAAUAGGUGGCAAUUUAGCUUUCCAUGAAGACUGCAACCCUUAAAUUAUUGAGGAAACGUGUGUUGAACACAAACGCAAUACUGGAGCUGCUCGUUGAUCGAUCAUCAGUCCUAUAAAAACAAUACAUGCCCAUGUAUGGCCUUCGAAGAACAAAGCUGUCUGUCUUGUUUUUUGUACUAUACUUCUUGCCCCUUCGAUUGCAGUGCUUAAUAUAUAUUUGCCUUAAAGAAAUGUAUUUUCUAUCAGCUUUGACUAAAUAUUGUAAAAACUCUAGACAGAAGCAUGGCAGCCCCACGUACCUUUUUUUUUUAUUAUUCCAAGGACUGACUGUCACAGCACCUGCAUGACACUAAUGUGGAAUCACCUACUGUAAUCAAUAUGCAGGACUUUAACCCGCUCCCUAAGUUUCCUACAGUUACUUUAAUCUGUAUUUCUGUGUUUUCGGGGGACCUCUUUGUAAAACUGAGCCUUCAAACUUAUUUUGGAUUCUGUACAUAUGCUUUUGGCCAACCCCCCCCCCCCUUUUUUUUUUUUGGUAACUUAAUUCUGAACUGGAAUUCUUCUCAAAUGAUGUCUGGUUUGAUUGAAAUGUUUUGAGGUGAAGAUGCUACAAUUAUGCACCUUUAUUUUCAGCAUUAAUAUGUCAUUUUUCUUAUGUAAAGAUUUUCUUGGUGCGUUUAUUUUUUUCUUUAACAUUUUAGCAUGAUCGCAUGUCACUUUUGGAGCCGUCCUCACAUCCAUUUACUAUAAUAUUUGCAUGUCAGUGCUGUACCUGAGAUCUAAACUGAUAAGACUCCUGAGAAGUGAAAUGUGCGCGACUGUUCCUAAACCUCACAUCAGUUUUUUUCUUUCUUUGAUUUCCAAACUUGAAAAGAAAGUUUCAGUUAUGGUUAAAAAUGAGAAAUAGGUUGUUCUUUUUUUCGUUUAUGUCUUGACAUGAAUAUACUUGAAAGUAAAAUUUUACAGUUGUGUGUUUUCAUAAAAUACAAUCUUACUUGGACAUAAA